AUGAAGAUGCCUGAAUCCUUCUCUACGAUCCGUAAUCGUCGCGGCGACGAACUCGCCAAACUAGCUGACGAACACAUCCAGAACGACCUCUCAGCCGACGACCGCGAUGCGCUUAAGUCCGCGGCCUCCAGGGUUUCUAUGUGGACGACCAUUGGAUCAGCAGUGGGUGUUGGUCUGGGACUCUAUACCGCUUUUCGUCUGAGGAGCACACGACAUGCGUUCUUCCAGGCCUUUCGGGCAAGGGAAAAACCCACACAGGUUGUCUUUGCGGAUGGACGGACGGAAUCGAUUCCAGAUAUCACGCCGCUGUUGAAACCUACAACAUUUGGAGACUUUGCGACGUACUUCUUUGCUUCCGCGGGUGGUCUGUUCUUGGGAGGAGAGCUUAGUUUUCUUGCCGGUGCUACAAGUGCGAGCAACAGUAUUGCAUCCGACCCUAGUAGGAAGGAGAGGAUUGAAAAGGCGUUCCGGAGAUUCCGGGCUGAAGUGCUCCGUAGAGAGGCGAAUGCCCUCGAUUCUGGAGAGGAUGUUUGGGAUAAGAUGUUUUAA